UAGAACAACCAUGGUGGCCCCCGUGGCAGCUGACGGCAACGUGAUAGCGCGUUAUAGUACGCAAACUUUUGGUUCACCUAUAUAAUUUACUUUAAUAUUUGAUUUUUUUCAAACAUCACCAUUAAAGCUCUAUUUACGACCCCGGACCUGUAUUUUAAAAGGUAGAGUAUUUUAUGACUAAAAGGAACCACAGGCGUGAAGAUGGCUUUAUUCAAACCUACAAAAAUCCCGGUUUAUCCCAAACUUGGAGAGAAAGUCACACAAGACACACUGUAUUGGAAAAAUUACAAGGCUCCAGUUCAGAUAAAAGAAUUUGGAUCAGUUACAAAUAUCGACAUCUCUCCUGUGCCCCCACAUAACUUUGCAGUCACAGCAUUUACGCGAAUCCACAUUUAUGGUCCAAUCUCCCAGGAGCCAGUAAAGACAUUCACACAAUUUAAGAACACCGCAUUUUGCGGCAGGUUCCGUUCAGAUGGGCAGUUGCUUGUGGCAGGGUGUGAAGACGCUGUUGUGCGGCUGUUUGAUGUCAGUGGCAAGGUGGCCCUCAGAAAGUUCAAAGGACACACAAAGGCUGUACAUGUGACAGACUUUACCUCGCAACAGUACCACAUCAUCACCGGGUCAGAUGACUACUCGUGUCGACUUUGGGACAUCCCCAAUGCGACUGAGCUCACCAGAUACCAAGAACACACAGAUUACGUUCGCUGUGGGCUCACCAGCAAACUGAACAGAGAUCUCUUCAUUACGGGAUCUUAUGACCACUCACUUAAAGUGUUUGAUGCCAGAGUGGAUAAGUCUGUAAUGACUAUGGACCACGGCCAGCCAGUGGAAAGUUUGCUUCUAUAUCCUUCUGAGAGUCUCCUCGUCUCAGCAGGGGGGCGCUACGUCAAAGUCUGGGAUCUGCUGAAAGGCGGCCAGCUCCUGGUGUCUUUGAGGAACCAUCACAAAACUGUCACGUCUGUGUGUCUGAGCAGCAGUGGCCAAAGGAUGCUGUCAGCCUCCUUGGACAGGCAUGUAAAAGUGUACGACACAACCAACUACAAAGUGGUGCACAACUUUGACUAUGCUACCUCCAUUCUCAGUCUGGCUUUGGCUCCUGACGAUAAGGCUAUUGCGGUGGGUAUGACCGACGGUAUCCUGAGUAUUAAGCACAGGAAAACCCCGGAUGAGUCAAAUGAAUUAUCAGGUCAACAACGGCAGCAACCAGCACAUCGUGCGGUUGUGAAAGGAAGAAACUACAUCCCUAAACAAGAUGAUUAUCUUGUCAGUAAGCCUGUGAAACAGCAUUUGGCAAAAUAUGACACACAUCUGAAGAAAUUCAACGUUUCCAAGGCUUUGGAUGCAGCUCUGGAGUCAUGGACAAGACAAAAGAAGCCGGAAAUUCCCGUCGCCGUUAUGAAGGAGAUGGAUCGAAGAGGAACUUUGAAAAACGCAUUAGCCGGACGGGAUGAACAGGAAGUCUCUCAAUUACUCCACUUUGUAAUCGGGAACGUGAUUGAUCCCAGGUUCGCUCCCAUUCUCAUCGUAGCGGCUGAGAUGAUCCUGGACAUUUAUCAUUCUGUCAUUGGCCAGUCGUCCGUCGUGGACCGGCAACUUAUGCGCCUCCAGGAUAUCCUGGAGAAAGAAAUCGACUACCAGCAAGAGCUCCUGGAAGUGCUUGGUAUGCUGGACACUGUGUUUGCCUUUUGCGUCCCGAGGAAAGAGGUGGCGUGCCCAGGUGUCGACAGACCCAACUGCCUGACCGAGGGAGAGGCAAGCACCUCUCGACCUCAGGUCCAAGCCACUUGAUGUACUCGAGGGGAUGGCAACCGUUCAGAGGUUGUAUAGAGGGGAAAAAAUAAACAAAAAAAAAACACCCUUGCCUCAUGAGACAGGCAGUCAUUUGCUUCAUGUCCCAGGAGACCCUUCAAACACUCACAUAUAAUGAAAUAUGUGAAUGAGCAUUGUCUUUUGAAUACAAAUAUGUGAAAUGGAUGAGUGCAUUUGUCAGUGGCUAUAUGAUAUUUUCCUAAGUGUAUGUAUCGACAAAUGUUUAGGAGGAAGAGGCACAAACUUGUAAUAUUGGAACUCGCUCAAUGUCAUUCUGAUUUUCCCACAGUCAUUAAAAUAUUUUGAAACUGGCA